UUGCAGAGUUCAAGCAAGGAGUGCGCGUUUCGUGUAAAAAAUUUAUAGUGACCCGCGUGUAACUGACCGCGCGGAUUCGUGCCUUUACUUUUGUGUUGUUUUGUGUCUUGAGUGGAGUGAGUGUUGUGUUCUGUUCUACAUAGUGUUCUUGACAAUGUUCACGUGUGUUUGACGUGGGGAUGUAUCCAAGCGCGGGCGCAAUGAACGCCGCCGCCGCCGCUGCUGCCGUGGCGGCCGCCAGGCAUCCGGGUCCACCACAGCCCGGCCAACCUAUUAAAUUUACAGUCGGCGAAUCCUGUGAUAGGAUAAAAGAAGAAUUUAACUUCCUACAAGCACAAUAUCAUAAUUUAAAAUUAGAAUGUGAAAAAUUGGCUAGUGAAAAAAUUGAAAUACAAAGGCAUUAUGUUAUGUACUAUGAAAUGUCAUAUGGCCUCAAUGUGGAAAUGCACAAACAGACGGAGAUAGCGAAAAGACUAAACGCAAUAAUAGCUCAAAUUCUACCAUUCUUAUCACAAGAACACCAGCAACAAGUAGCCUCAGCAGUGGAGAGGGCGAAACAAGUCACGAUGACGGAAUUAAACGCUAUUAUAGGGCAACAAAGGCCAGACCUUCCGCGGUUACUGCAACAGAUGCACGCGGCACAUUUACCAGCACACGGCGCGCCGCCCCUUCCACUCCUCGGCCAAGGUGCUUUGCCCCCAGCGGGGCUACUAGGCCUUGGAGUACCUCACCAUCCCCUUUCAGUACUUGCUAAGCCACCAGAUUUACACAGAUCAGACGACAAAGGAAAUGGUAUCAGUUCAGCAGAGGAAAGGCAUAGGAAUUCUAUAUCUCCAGGCGAGAGAGAAAAAUACAGAACGCGGAGUCCUGCAGAGCCCGACCAUAAGAAACUAAAGAAAGAAGAGAAAGAUAUGGGGCAUGAGUUGGUAGUUGAUGACGCGAGCGAAGAGCCCACAUCACCACACAAUGGGGCGCCGUCCCCCAGAGAAAACGGCCUGGACAAACUGCAACCCAAAAAGGAGCAUCCGCCACACAGUCCUAGAUCGGGAACGUCAAGCAACGCUUCCACGCCGUCAGCGAAGAAACUAGACGAGAAACCUAGCACGCCCAUCUCUAAGCCAGUGACGCCGACCUCGGGGGCGAGUGGCGCAGGCCCAGCUGGAGCUCCGCUGAAGGCCGCGGUGAAACCCCCGUCGCUGCAGUACCCUUAUUUGGGCAACGGCGCACACGACGCGUAUGGACUCGCCGGGUACUCGGCGAGAGCGGCGCUGGCGUACGAACCCCUAAGACCACCUUUGGGACCGGCCGGCUUGGCUCCUAUUCCUGGAGGCAAACCAGCAUACUCAUUCCACGUAUCGGCUGAGGGUCAAAUGCAGCCAGUCCCUUUUCCCCCAGACGCGCUGAUGGGCCCGGGCAUCCCCCGGCACGCGCGCCAGGUCUCCGCAUUAGCCCAUGGCGAGGUGGUCUGCGCGGUGACCGUUUCCUCGCCGACUAAGUACGUGUACACCGGCGGGAAGGGAUGCGUCAAAGUGUGGGACAUCAGCCAGCCGAGCAAGGCCCCAGUGAGCCAGUUGGACUGUUUGCAAAGAGACAACUACAUUCGCUCAGUGAAACUGCUACCAGACGGACGCACUCUAAUAGUAGGAGGGGAAGCUUCUAACCUGUCAAUCUGGGACCUGGCAUCGCCCACUCCGCGGAUCAAGGCCGAGCUCACCUCCUCGGCGCCCGCCUGCUACGCGCUUGCCAUCAGUCCGGACUCCAAGGUAUGCUUCAGCUGCUGUUCGGACGGCAACAUCGCGGUGUGGGAUCUCCACAAUCAGACGCUGGUGCGACAGUUCCAGGGCCACACGGACGGCGCUUCCUGCAUCGAUAUCUCCGCAGACGGCACCAAGCUUUGGACUGGUGGUCUCGACAACACUGUGCGGUCGUGGGAUUUAAGAGAAGGCAGGCAGUUACAGCAGCAUGAUUUCAGUUCUCAGAUAUUCUCCUUAGGCUACUGUCCGACCGGCGAGUGGCUAGCAGUAGGAAUGGAGAACAGUAAUGUGGAGGUGCUCCAUGCCGUCAAACCCGACAAGUACCAGCUGCACCUUCACGAGUCCUGUGUCCUGUCGCUGCGGUUCGCGUCCUGCGGAAAAUGGUUCGUGUCCACCGGGAAGGACAACCUGCUCAAUGCCUGGCGGACUCCUUACGGAGCUAGUAUAUUCCAGUCAAAGGAAUCAUCAUCGGUGCUCAGCUGUGACAUCUCAUCGGACGACAAAUACAUCGUGACGGGCUCCGGAGACAAGAAGGCGACAGUCUACGAAGUGAUCUAUUAGUGACAAACAGACAAACAAGCGAACAAAACAGAUCAAGUGACUGUGUAUAGUGACGUUCCGCGAACUUAGAGUGGAAAGUGGUGAUAUAGUUUUAGUGUAUGUAUAGAUAUUGGGAAGCCUGUAUGUACUUAUGCGACUUGUUUAUAUAGAUUAGUGUGCGCGUCUUAUGUUUAUUUGUUGAAAGCCCGUAGUGUAUGUUGGCAGCAGAUCUCAAAAUGACGGUUUCAUUAUUGUUGUAAAAUGCUCGUAUUAAAAUGAUAUGCGCAGACUA